AUGGAUGCCCACCCUUCACAGGAUGAAGGCGCUUUUCUCCAUGCUGUGCGAACAACUCCCAUAAUUGACAAUCAUGCACAUCCGCUGUUGCGUCCAGCUGCUCGGAACAAUACUUCCCUACUCUCGAUCACGACCGAAGCUGAAGGAUCUGCUCUCGAUGCUACCACGACGAGCCUAGCCCAUCUCCGAGCUGUCAAACAACUCUCCGACGUGCUCGGAUGUGAACCGACGUGGGACUCCGUUUCGGCUGCUCUCGAGAAAAAACAGCAAGAUCCAAACGACUACGAAAACUGGAUCAGAACAUGUCUUUCUGGUAUUCAUAGCAUUCUUGUGGAUGACUAUCUCGGGAAUGAAGGGGACAACGAGGCGUACGAUUAUUUCGACAAAUUCACCCCGGCCGAGUCCAAAAGGAUUGUACGUGUCGAGCAUGUGGCCACAAUCUUGAUUGAGGAAGCAUGCACCGAGCAUAGCAGUCCAGAAACAGCCUUCUCUUCUUUUAUUCGAAGCCUGAACCAUGCCAUCUCCCAAGACAUACUCGACCCUGUGGUGGUCGGUUUCAAGUCUGCCAUAUGUUACCGGACUGGUCUCGCGAUACCUCAGCAUCCAGACCAAGACAAGGCAUUUGCGGCAUUUCAGGAGAUCCAUUACGACAGGCAACGACCAGGGGCGAAGCCUUUCAAUCGACUCCAGCAUAAUGGACUGAACGAGUACGUUGUCCAUUGCCUUGCCAGUCUCAUCAGCGAAUCUGCUGCGCACCCGAAACCAAUCCAAUUCCACACAGGCCUUGGUGAUAACGACAUCACUCUGACCAAGGCCUCUCCCUCGCAUCUGCAGCAAUUCAUCGGGCAGUACCCCACUGUGCCUAUAGUCCUGCUGCACUCGGGCUACCCUUUCGUCCGGGACACUGGAUACUUGGCCACGGUGUAUGCAAACGUGUAUGCGGACAUUGGUGAAGUGUUCCCGAUGGUGAGUCGGGAUGGCCAGGAGACGAUUGUUCGGCAAAUCUUGGAGAUCUGCCCCUCGUCUAAAGUCAUCUGGAGCACGGAUGGGCAUUGGUUCCCUGAGACGUAUCUGCUCGCCGUCAUUCAGAUGAGGGAGGCGUUCGAGACUGUGCUGUGCGAGUAUGUCAGGAAGGGCGACCUGACUUGGCACCAAGCCAAGAAGGUCGUCGAGGACAUUCUGUUUCACAAUUCCAACAAACUCUAUGGUCUCUCAUUGUCGAUGGACUCCCCAUCAUUGUCAUUGACUCCUAAGAGCGAAUCAGACUUGCCAGAAUACAACGCUGAGUGGCUUGCAAAAUUGCUGAGCAAUGAUGGCUCCAUCCAAUACAUGCGGCUAUGCUGGCAUGAUUACACCGGAACCACAAGACUCCGAAUCACACCCAUUCGUCGUGUAAUGUCACUCCUGCAGUCCAAAAAGACCCUGGAAUUCGGCGUUGCGAAGGCUGCCUUGUCAGUCCUUCAGAACGAUCACAUGGUGGCCGGCAUAUCGCCUGCAGGCGAAUGGGAUCUCUGUGCGGACUUGAGUAGUCUGCGUAUGGGUCCGAGAGACGGGCACGUUACGUUGAUGGGUGAUUUCAGAGAGAAGGAUGGGUCUCAAGUCACCAUUUGCCCAAGAACGGUGCUACGAAACACCUUAAAGCUGGCGGCCUCUCAUGGUUUCUCGUUCCUACUGGGUUUCGAAGUCGAGUUUGUUCUCCUUCGGCGAACCGGCCCAAGAGAGUUCAGCAAGCUGGAUGGGGAUGCACAUGCCUGGGCUGUUGCCGGGGCCGCUGAUCAUUCCGUGGUAGUCACUGUCAUCGAGGAAGCCAUGGCCAGACUAGACAAGGCUGGGAUUUAUGUGGAAACGAUGCACCCGGAGAGCUCAUUUGGCCAGUACGAAAUAGUAUUGCCUGCGGCACCGGCUCUCGAAGCUGUCGACAGCCUCCUCUUUACCAGGCAGGUUAUUUCGUCUUGUGCAAACGCACAUGGGUACAAGAUGACGCUUCAUCCGAAGCCAUUCGCCGAGACUCCUGGAACAGCCGCUCAUGUCCACAUGUCGAUUUCUUCGGCUGGGGGAUCUGACCCUGGCGUAUACAACCCGUUCUAUGCCGGUAUUUUGCGGCAUCUUCGGAGCAUCAUUGCCUUUACAUGCUCCAGUCCUGUCAGCUACGCUCGGAUUGUCGAUAGCUGCUGGGCUGGCGGGACGUGGGUCGCAUGGGGAACUCAGAAUCGAGAGACGCCGCUGCGAAAGAUCCAAGAUAGCCAUUGGGAACUCAAGUGCAUUGAUGGCUUGGCAAAUCCUUACCUCGCCAUGGCGGCUAUCCUCGCCUCUGGCCUGGACGGGAUCCUGAACAGCCAUACACUGUCGUGGAAGGAUUGCACGGAGGACCCGGCUACACUCACCCCGGCUCAGAGGGCAAAUCUGAACAUUGCGGAAAAUCUGCCUUCGACAUUGGAUGAAGCGCUGCGUGUCUUGGGGCAGGAUAAACAGUUGCGCAGCUUGCUUGGUGGAGACUGUGUCGAAAGAUACAUUGCGGUCAAGCAGCAGGAGAUUACCUCACUCAGCGGGAUGGAUAGUUCGGAGCAAAGACAGUGGGUCAUUGAAAGUGCUCCAGCCAUCUUCACCCCUUCUAAUCCUGGGGCGUUUAACCUCUCGUGCCGAGUUGCUCCGGCUACCCUAUACUCCGCAGCUUUGUUGGGAGAGCAACCACACACUUCCACCCUUGCUCACCAACAACUAACGUCUCAUCACCAUGCCAGUACACCCACUUUUCCGCCUUCGGUACCAGAACAGACACUGUUACAGAAGGGUGCUUGUUGA